UUUACCAAAAGAAUUGUUUUUCUUUUUCUAAAUAUGCGAUUCUGGUGAUACUAAGUGUAUUCACCCUCGACUCAAUGCGAUCAUAUCGUGCUUGUCGAGAGGAUACCACUGUUAACAAUGCAAACCUUAUAAGGGAUCUGAUUCAAAACAGGAAUCAAGAAUCGCGAAAACUGAAUAUGCACCAGCAACAAAUAAGCAAAAUGGAAUGUGAGAAAAAUUCGUCAAAAGGUGUGAGUACUUCGGGAGGCUGGUGCCAGAAAGCAAGUUAUGAAAACAGUGGCCAGCAUAAGACAGACCUGUCACUCGCAAAACAAUUGUCUAUUUUUCUACAAGAUAAAGUGGUUUCUAGCUUCGGUGAUGGCCCUGGACGAUACAAGCAAAUCUUAGAUUCCACUGGAUUACUCAAUGGAUAUGAUGCUUAUGAUGGGGCUCCAUUCUGUGACACUACUAGUAAAGGCAUUGUAAAAUAUUUGGAUCUAACGCUACCGCAGUAUGGAAUCCCAGUAUACGACUGGAUUAUAAGUUUAGAAGUGGCUGAACAUAUUCCUAAAAAAUUUGAAGAUACAUAUGUUGACAAUAUUGUACGACAUGCAGCAGAAGGAAUCAUAUUGAGUUGGGCUGUGCCUGGUCAAGGUGGAUAUUCACAUGUAAAUAAUAGACCCCUAAAGUAUGUAGAAGAACUUUUGUUUACUCAUGGAUUCUAUCGUGACAUACAAAACUCGAGUUUGCUUCAAUCAUCCUCUACGCUCCCCUGGUUGAAAAGAAACAUAAACGUAUACAGAAGACUCCAGUUAAAAAAUAAACCUGAUCUUUAUGCGUUUGCUUGAAAAUAAUAAGAGAUAUAAUCAUAGCGUAGCGUUACAAUAUACUGCUUAUUAAUAUACAUGUAUUAUGUAAUUUAUGUUUUCAUACCUAUUUAGGCCGUUUUUGUUAUAUAAACGGAUAAAAAAAAAAAUUUUUAAUUUCUUGUUGGUGAUGGGAAAUAACGAAAUCCUUACAAGUUAUUCAGCAACACAUGUAUUUAUCAUAGUUUUGGCAAAACCCGGAACAACAAGGUCACAAUAUAAACAAACUGUAAAGACAUGUUCAAAGCUUAUGUGAAUAACUUCAGAAACAAGCUCAGUAGCCAAAAGUUUAACAUAAACCCCAAAGCGAAACCAAGCGAAUGUUCAACAGAAACGGAAACGAGGCUCAGUUGAAUGGAAGCAUUUCAAGUUUUGAUAGAAAAUAUAAUGAAAUUAUACUUUUGCUGAGAGUUUUAAUAGAAAUGUGAUAAAAAAACACUAUCGGAAUACUUUUCUUAAUUGUUGGUAAUCAUAAUUAUAAAUAAGCUGUAACGAUUUAACGUUCAAAAGUAGUUUUACAUCGUGGACAUGUCAAACAAAGGAGGAAGAAAUGGCGGGGCGAACGGGAAAACACCGAAGCAAUCGACUCUUGAUGCUAAAACACCUCCCACAAGAGAACCCAGCGGACCCCCAUCACCAAAAUACCCCCCAUAAAGAAAGACGUCCCUUACCCGAGAACACAAAUGCACGACAUCCGGGAGGAGAGUAAAGCGGCAACAAUGAGACUUGGUGAGGUACAGGGCUUCUGUGUUGAAUAUAGUUAAGUCACUGACGAAAUCCAAAAAUCAAAACAUGACACUGAACACGAAAUCCGCUCGUUGAGAAAGCAUAGCAGUUUUCUUUCCUCAAGAAUCGAACAAUUGGAACAAGAAAAUGAGCGUAUAAACAAUCGCCACCUUAAUAUACAUGCUAAAAUCAUGGAAAACAAUCUAACAUUUUUCGGUAUUGAAAAGGCCCGUCCUUCGUAUCCACCGGACACGCAAAGAGAACAGCAAAGAGAGACCCCAGAAACACCUCUCAGAAAAUCCCUGAAAGAAAAAUUACAUAACAAUGAGUACAUCUCGGGCAAAACCCAAUAGACAUUGAAAAAAUUACAUUCAACAAGGUUAGUAGACAAGGUGAUCCUAAAAAAGCUGCCAAUUCAUACAAUAAUAGACCUAUUGUUGCCAUUAUUGAACGCUUUACUGAUAGAGAGGCUGUGCGUAAGGCUUGAAUAGUACUUAACAGAACCAAAAGACAAUACCGGUGACAAGUGCGUCCAUCGAAUCCACCACUCUACGGCCAGGCUCGGAGAGUCACUGUUUAAGUGUGAACUGAUCGAGUACGAUACCCGUGAUCGUGAAAACUGUUUCUUUUGUUAUAUAAUCGACCAAGAGAUUUAUAAACAGGUACCCAUAUUUAAGGUAUUUAAUAGUAAUUCGAAGCAUACUUUAAACACAUUCAGUUAUGACAAACUAUGAUAAUAAUUUAUGCAAUUGCUAUCAUUUGUUCAAUGCAAGCAUAUACCUUUAUUGUUACAUAUACCACGUUAUGUAUUACUGCAUUCACAACUUAAUUUACAACACUAUGUACUUGUCUUGGGAAAUUACGC